AUGUGCCGUUUUUUGGUAUACAAGGGUAGACAUGAGAUUCGUCUCAGCAAGCUCGUCACAGAACCUAGUCAUUCCAUCUUGACGCAGUCCUACGACUCCCGCUUAAGAUUGGAUAAUCGCCGACCUGUGAACGGUGAUGGCUUCGGGGUAGGUUUCUACACCGACCCAAAACUAGGCCCAGAGCCAUGCAUCUUCACAUCCACCAUCCCAGCCUGGAACUGCGAGAACCUGGAACGGCUCGCAAGCAAGACGUGCUCGAACCUCAUCUUCGCGCACGUUCGCGCCACGACAGAGGGCACGCUGUCCGACACUAACUGCCACCCUUUCCAGCACCAAACGCUGAUGUGGAUGCACAACGGCAAUGUCGGUGGAUGGCAUUACAUCAAGCGGACGCUGGCCGACUCGCUCGCGGACCGGUGGUACCUGGGUGUGAAGGGCGGGACGGAUAGCGAAUGGGCCUUUGCGCUGUUUCUCGACCUGCUCGAGAAGGAGGGCGUGGAUCCUAGCUCGGACCCAGGGCCGGAGGGCUUCGGGCAGGCGCUGCUGCGCAAGGUGAUGGUCAAGACCAUCGCUAAGAUCAAUGAGUUCAUCCGCGAUAUCCCCAAGCGGCAUAAUGUGUCUGGGGUGGAGACACGCAGUCUGCUCAAUUUCGCCGUGACGGACGGCCAUACCGUCGUCUGCACUCGCUACAUCAGUAGCAAGACGGAUGAGCCUGCUAGUCUGUACUUCUCGUCGGGAACCAAUUGGAAAGAAGGGAAAGACAAAGGCCACUUCAAGAUGGAGCGCCACGAUAAGGGAGCCGACAUUGUGCUGGUGGCCAGCGAGCCUAUCACAUUCGAGCGACAUAACUGGGUAUCUGUGCCCACCAACUCGAUAGUCACCAUCCACAAGCAGACCGUCCUGCUCCACCCCAUAAUAGACGAAUUUUAUAGCGAGGAUCUGAAUCACGAUCGCUCUUCAUGCUAUGCUGUUUCCAAGGGCCUUGUCAGCACUGCGCCUGGAACAACCGUGCAGCUUCAACAAACAGAGGGAUCAAACAGACCAGUCUCCGAGCCCAAAGAUCCUGCUGUUUGUGGCACAAGCCGCAUGGUUGACGCAAUUGACGUUCAGUUUUCCAACCAGUGCGCGUUGUCGCACUGA